AUGUCAAGACAGACUCAGGCCUUACUAUUCAUUGCAUCUGGUACGCUCGAUGAGCCUCAACCUCUCGUAAGCCAGUUGAUCAUUUCAAUGGCUCAGAAUCGCAUUUGCCGAGACGAAAGCCAAGAAAGUAAAGGAAUUUGUCAUCCUGGUUGUACACGAUGCAAAGUUGAGAGCAGUAAUGCCAUUCAUCGUGAUGAUAGUUUUUGCAAAGCACGAUGGAGGGUAAAAGGUGUAGGUACAGUAUGUGUACCAGAUGGGUGA